GAUUCUUUUAAAAGUCUAGAUAAUAGUUUAACUGGCAAAACUACUACUUUAAGCUGUUUAAUGAACGGAGUAACACUGAGUGGCGGUGAAAUUUAUUUAGAGGGCUUGAAUUCUUUGAGACAUACUUCAUUAAAAAGUUCCGAGGAAUUUUAUCCCAUUCAUCUUUUAAGUUCAUUAAGAUUUCAAUGCAUGUUUCUAGGUUAUUCAAAACAUGCUCGAAGUACUUUAGAUCUGAUCUCUGCCUUUAUGAAGGCCGAUUAUUUAUCUGCAUUCAGACAUCGCUAG